GCCGCCCCAAACUUACCAAAGCCGUUGCAAGGAGAAACUCAAGACGAAACACAACAGUAGGAAUACUUCAACCAUUACACAUAAAUGUGAAGAAAAUACACAAAUCAGUCCUGAACCAUCCUCGAUAUCUGCAACUCGAGUACAACAUGUUUUUAGGGCUCAUUUUCUGCCUCUCUCUGAAUUUGUUACUCUUUGAUAAUGUGCAAACAAGUCAACAAGAACCAUCAUCUGCUAAUAUCAAUAUCAGCAAUGACCCUGAGAUGUCAAAACUUAUGGCCAGAAUGAAAUACAUUGCUCGAAGCUGCAAAGAAAUUCGUGACAAGUUUCAUGUUUCUGAGGAUGGCCUGUACUAUCUGAUCUCUUCAAGAGGAGUCCUUUACCAGACGUUCUGUGACAUGACCACUGCAGGCGGCGGCUGGACGCUGGUGGCCAGUGUUCAUGAAAACAACAUGUAUGGAAAGUGUACAGUUGGUGACCGCUGGUCUAGUGAACAGGGCAGCAAUGAAAACCGGCCUGAAGGUGAAGGCACAUGGGCAAACAAAGUCACAUUUGGAGCUGCAGAGGCUGCUACAAGUGACGAUUACAAGAAUCCUGGAUACUAUGACAUUGCAGCCCAGGAUGUUUCUGUGUGGCAUGUUCCUAAUAAUAUGGAGUUGGAACACUGGAGCCCUGGCUCCAUCCUCAGAUACCACACUGAAAAUCACUUUCUAACCCUACAUGGAGGAAACCUAUUCAAAUUAUUUAAGAAAUUCCCUGUGAAGUUUGGAAUCGGCUCCUGUAACAUUGAUAAUGGACCUGCUGUCCCAAUCGUGUAUGAUACUGGAAAUGAGGAAUCUACCAAAAACCUGUAUGGUCCUAAUUCAAGAGAAAUAUUUGAGCCUGGAUUCAUCACAUUCAGAGUCUUCAAUACUGAGAAGGCAGCCAUGGCUCUUUGUUCAGGCGUUAAACCAAUUGGUUGUCACACUGAACAUUUCUGUAUUGGUGGAGGUGGACACUAUCCUGAAUCUCCAAUACAGUGUGGUGACUUUACAAGUUUUGACUGGAGUGGCUAUGGCACUAAUACAGAAUGGAGUGCUUCCAGAGAGAUAACUGAAGCAGCUGUGCUUCUCUUUUAUCGCUGACAGAUCAAACCUUUCUUUCCUUUGUUUGUAAUUCAGUUAUCCAUUUAGUCUUUUUCUAGCUUUAAACACAUAUCCAGUACAUUACAAUUUUAAACACUUAACAUGAUUAUCUAUAUAACUGUCCUAAGUUGGAAAUAUAUCUAUAACACCAAAAUAAAUGAUGUGCAUUUCCACCUGCUAAAUAUUAAUUGCCUGUUUUAAUUCACAAACAUUCAUGCAUUCUUUUUCCUUCGACUUAUUUCCUUGUUUAUCAGGGGUCGCCACAGUGGAAUGAACCGCCAACUAUUCCAGCAUAUGUUUUACACAGCGGAUGCCCUUCCAUCCACAACCCAGUUCUUUUUGAACACACAUACACUCUCACAUGCACAAACACUCAUACGCUAUGGCAGUUUAGUUAAUCUAAUUCACCUAUAGCACAUGUCUUUGGACUGUGACCCGGAGGAAACCUACGCCAACACAGGGAGAACAUGCAAACUUCACAUAGAAAUUCCAACUGGGACUCGAACCAGCAACCUUCUUGCUAUGAGGCAGGGGUCACCAAUCUCGGUCCUGGAGGGCCGGUUUCCCUGCAGAGUUUUAGCUCCAACUUGCCUUAACACACCUGCCUGGAUGUUUCAAGUAUACCUAGUAAGACCUUGAUUAGCUUGUUCAGGUGUGUUUGAUUAGCGUUGGAGCUAAAAUCUGUAGGGCACCGGCCCUCCAGAAACAAGUUUGGUGACCCCUGCUGCGAGGGAACAGUGUUAACCACUGAGCCACCGUGCCGCCCCAUUCACAAACACUCUUUUUCAAAAUUCUUUAUUUAGAUAUUUACUUUAUUAUCUUAGGUAUACUUAAUGUAUAUGAUGAAGCAUAAGAGAAUCGGGGUCCCUGACUACAAUACAUCUACACGUAAUAUGGAUGUUUCAUAGCACUGUAAACACUCAACAUCGUUUGAUGUUCGAAAACAUUUGGACAAUACCUUUUUAAUAUUUGAAAUGACUGUUGAGGUGCUGUACAGGAAGCAUACCCUUUCUCAAAGGCUACUUGUUGAAGCAUAUUUAAGGAUGUUUGAAACUCGUGUUUACAGAGAUAAAAUAUAUUUACAAAAUUCAAGUUUGUAUCACUAUGAUAUAAAAAGUGCAUCAAUGGUUUAAAAAGAGUAAUAAAAAUCCACACCUGUUGAGACUGAAGAAUGCUGAUGUAUCAUUAUGUAGAGCACUAGAGGAAGAAAAUAAAACAAACAAACAAUGUGAAGUCUCCAACAUAGUUGACUGCCUAUUCAAUAAAUUAUGACCACUGAAAAAAACAGAGCUACGUACUCCAGUGCCUUACAUUACAUAGAAUAACAACGGCCAUCACAAUAAAACUGUUGCACCCUUUUUCCUCCCAGAUGUCCAAGAAGAGCACCAGAAAACACGGCUGUUUUGUACU